UUCGCCCUCGUUCUCAGACUGCGCGUUUUGCAGAUCGUGUGUGGCAUCUCGGCCAUGGUGAUGGGUACGGUGACGUUCAUCGAGGAGCGCGGGGCCCUCAACCUCGUACUGGGAAUUCCCGCCGGCGCAGCCACCGUGGCCGCUGCAGCGGCCAGCAUCCACGUGAGCCGCGGCUUCGGCGGCUACCGCCCCCGCGGCGUGUCCCGCUACCGGCGCUGCCUGGGCCCCCGGUGGCCCGUGGCCGCGCUCUGGGGCUGCGCAUGCGCUCUGCACGCCGCGCUGCUCGUCCAGGCGGCGCGCACCGCCGUCGCCCCCUCCGCCUCCGCCAUGCCCGGCGGAGACCAUGACGCCGGCAACCUGGCGGUGCUCGCCGCGGUGCUGCUGGUGCUGGCCGCCGGCACGCUGUGCUCCGAGUGCGCGCUGCUGCGCGUCGACUGGCGCUACGACCCCGACUGA